AUGGUGCGCCAGGCUCCUCCUCAGCGCGGGACGCCUCUGCUGCUGCUGCUCGCUAUGAUCAUCUCGGCGACUGUCGCCGUCACGCAAGAUGCGAUCGACCCCGUCACCUACGUGCCGGCCACUCACAGUUUGACGUUCGGUCCGGGGUACAUCGCGUCUGUGAACACCGCAACCAACGCGCCGUCACUAGCCGUUGUCGACUCCACUGGCGCGCCUGUCGCGCCCACUUCUAAUGCGGACGGAUCCUCCACGGUGGCCGGGUACACCGCGUACCCGAAUGGCACCAUCAAUGGUCCGGGCGGCCUUUCCAUCUACAUUGGUGCCGGCGACGCGCUGGCUGCUAUGGGAACAACAAUAGUCCUGAAGAACGGAACCAUUGUGGACGGUUCGGGAAUGAAUUUCGUGCUGGCAACGAACCCUGACGGGUCGUACACUGCAGGGGACAUGACCGGGUGGGCUAACAGCACCAUCGUUGGCAGCGGCGGCGCCGUGAUCAACGCCGGCGCGCUGCUCACCCUCACAGCGGACGGCAGCAUUGCUUUCGCUCCGCAGGCAGCCCCUCCCGUGCCUGGCGUCGCCAUCUCCGUGAAUCCCGGCGCCCGCAGCCUGUCGGUGGGCGGCUACAUGGUGUCGUUGAGUGGCAAUAAGCUCUCCGUGCUAGACUCCACCGGCAAGCCUGUCACCACCACCACCAACCCCGACGGGUCCCGCUGUCUUGGCGACUACAGGCUUUACAAGAGCGGCACGAUCGCUGCUCCGGGCAGCAUUGCCAUUGACACUUCCGGUCCCAACGCAGGGCUGCGUGUGGGAACAACGACAGUUUUGAUAGUAAACAGAACGGUUCUGGACGCCAUGGCUAGGAAGCGCAAGACAGCAGCAGACGCUGCUACCGACGUCCCGCGAGAUCUCAAUGAGAUCACGUACAUAGCCUGGAUUAACAAGCAGAUUGCUUCGGGGCGCAAGCCCGCGGGCCCGAUGCCUGAAGGAAUACCGUCACCUGGAGCCACCUCCUACGAAGCUGCGCGUGACGUUCCAAUGCGCGGUCGCCGUGACGCCGACCGGGUUGCAUCCUCGCGGGUCAUCGACGACAAUCCGCUUCUCGACGACGAUGACGAUAGCGAUUACAACAAGUACGCCGUCGGGACCGACGACGAGGCGGACUCUGGCGAGGAGCCGGACAAGGGCAUGUCCGACUCAGAGGAUGACGGCAAGGGCGAAGAGUCCGAGGAUGAGGCCGAUGCACCAGAGGAAACUCAGCCCUUGGCCCCGACCACGCGUGUCGGCCGUGCGACGUCUGCAGGCACCGCGAAAACCGCCUCAAAGGGAGGCGAGCCUCCACGCCGCGUGCCAAAGACCCGCAACCAGAUGCCUGUGAAGCGCAGUGUCUGGUCUCCGCUAGAGAGCACGAUCUUUGUGGCCGCCCGCUGGUUCAUGAAAGACGAACUGGAGCCGCUGCUGGGGAAGCAGGGCUCGCAGUAUUGGGCGCGCCUUGUCAAGAACCUCGAAAAGGAGAACCCGGGCCCCUCCUCCGCAAUGCACCCCACCCUCUAA